AACCUUAUAAAUAAGCUGCACUUUGAACUCUUUGCAGCAAGCAUUUCCACAAGUUCAUCCGAAGAACACGUACAUCAACAGGAAACUGAAACACAGUUGCUUGCUAAAUUGUGCAGUAAUGGCCUUUUCCAAGAUCUUCUUCACCACUGCUGUUGUUGCUGUCUCUGUAAUUCAUUCAAGUUUGGCCACUGAGUUUUUGGUUGGGGAUAAGAGUGGAUGGACCCUUGACUUUGAUUACCAAGGUUGGGCAGCAGGAAAGGAAUUUCGAGUUGGAGAUCAACUUGUUUUCAAGUAUGCUUCGGGAGUUCACAAUGUGCUCAGAGUUAAUGGUACUGAAUUCCAACAAUGUGAAGCAGCAGACAAUACUGUUCCCCUUACAACUGGAAAUGAUGUGAUUACACUUGCCACCCCAGGAAGAAAAUGGUACAUUUGCGGUGUAGCCAGGCACUGCGCAGCCAGGAGCAUGAAGCUUAACAUAACUGUGCUUGCUCAAGGAGACUCUCCUGCUUCUGCUCCCACUCCCAGUUCACCAACACCUGCUGCUGCGAGAGGAAAUGCUGCAUCUAGCUUUUAUGGAUGGAUCGUGGUCAUGGUUAGCUUUGUUGGGAUGGUCCUUGUUUAA